GCGCCGCCGCCGCUGCCACCUACACCAGUCCCCAGUGGCGCCGCCGCCACCUACACCAGUCCCCAGUGGCGCCCCGCUGCUGCCACCUACACCAGUCCCCAGUGGCGCCGCCGCCGCCACCAUGGUGCGGGACGGGUGAAGACGUUGCCAGGUGCGGGCGCCAGCUGACGACCGUCGGCGCCAAACCCACAGAACAACAAAUUAUAUGACUCGGGUCGGCAUAACGAAGACAUGAAUGAGCCAGAGACCGGCGCCCGAAAGGACAUAUGAAGGGCGUGUUUAAGGCGUGGCCGGAUGGGGGGCGGAGCGGCCAUGCAGAAGCAGGCCGGCUGUCCUUUCUUAAGACACCAUCACCACCAUCUUGGCCCAGGCUACACGUGCUCAGGUGUGGGCAGGUGUGGAGGCAACCCGACGGCCAAGAGGGAGGCGGAGGGGACCAGCCCCAAGAUCACCUACAGCAAGGAGACCAUCGCUAAGGAGGGAGAUGAAGUCAAGAUCGACUGCGCUGUGGAGGGAGUCGACCUCACCGGCAUCGCUGGCUUCAGUGUCUCUUGGAGCAAGAUAAACGAAGAGAAACCUACGAACUCGUACCCCAUUGCCACCAAUGACAAGGUCCUGCUCUUCUCCAACAAGUUUAGAGUCGACCACCCGGCCGACUCGCACCAGUACUCUCUCAUUAUCAAGUCGAUGACGGAGGAGGACACCGGCCUCUAUCGCUGUACCGUCAACUUCGGCGAGGACCAGAAGAUUAACGCCGACGUCCCCGUCACCCUCCAGAAGGCCCCCUACUUCACGGACGACUUCACCAAGACUCUAACCGUGACGGAGGGAGACGCCAUCAGCAUCGACUGUCAGCCCGGCGGGUCGCCCAAGCCCGACGUGUACUGGGAGAGACUCAACCAGGAGCUGCCCUACUACGGCGGCAAGUUCUUCAAGUCCAACCAGCUGGACAUCCCGCUGAUCGAGCGGAGUCACAAGGGCCACUACGUCUGCUACGCCGACAACGGCAUCGGGGACCCCGCCAACUCCCACGUCAUCCUCGAAGUGCAGUUUGUCCCCGAAAUCACCGUCGCCAAGGACCGGGUGUUCGCUUCGGUGACGGAGGAGGUGGUGAUGGAGUGUAAGGUGCUGGCUCACCCUCCAGCAGACGUCGCCUGGUUCAAGGGCGACUCACCCAUCCUGGGGAGUGCCAAUAUGAGGCUGAAGACGGAGACCCUGGAAGAUGGUCUAGUGGUGUCGAGCCUGGCGGUGAACCAGGUCUCCCCCGAGGAUGUGGGCACCUACACCUGCCGCGCCCUCAACACCAUCGGCACUACGGAAAAAGACAUCGCCUUGAUGACCAAGUCCCCGCCGCUGAUCCUUAAGCAGUCUGGCAGGGAGGUGUUUUACGACAAUGAGAGGAGCCGCCUGCGGGACGCCCUGCCAGUCGUCCUCGAGUGUGAGGCUGACGGCGCCCCGAGCCCAAAGUACCGCUGGACCAAGGACGACAAGGCUUUCAUCUGGCAGGCUGACCCGCGCAUCAGCAUGGAGGAAGGCACUGGGAACCUCCUCAUCAGCGACCCCACCAUGGACGACAAUGGUUUAUACCAAUGCUUCGCCUACAACGAUCUGGGCACCGCCGUCUCCAACCCCAUCUACCUCUUAAACAUAACCAGAAUCGAGUUCGCAAAUGACAAAGAUGAAAGCGACACGUACAACGUCGAGGCUGAGUUGGGCCGACCCUUUAAGCUCUCCUGCCCAGAGGCGUAUGGUUACCCGACGCCCAGCUUAAGCUGGGUCAAGGCUAUCCAGCAUGAAACCCAGAUCGAACUGGUGUUCUUAAGCGACGAUCGAAUCAUCGCGGGUCCCAACGGUAGCCUGUGGUUCACUCACGUCACUCAGGCCGACGACACGCGCCUCAACAACUUCCAGUACAUCUGCCUCGCCAACACCUCUUUUGCGCCGUACGACUACUCGAUGGCCUCCGUGAUCGAGCUCACAGUGAAGGAUCCUGCCGACGGCGCUCACAACCUGCAGGAGGAGGCGCUCAACGUCGAGAGCUUCCCUAUGUACACUUCGCCCGCCACCGUUCAGUUCAUCGCUGGUCGGGAGAAUAAACUCUACUGCAUCUACGGUGGAGAACCGGUGCCCGAGGUGUCGUGGCGGAGGAAGGACGGGCGGGAGAUCAACUCCACACACUUCAGCAUCAAGAACUCCGGCAGCACCCUCAUCUUCCUCGACACUAAGGUGGACGACGCAGGGGUGUACGAAUGCGCGGCCACCAACGGCGUCGGUCGGGUCAAGUCUUCAGCGAUGACGGUGACGGUGGUCCAGGUCCCCACCUUCGUCAGGAAGAUGGCGUCGCUGACGGUGGAGGAAGGCGCCACUAUCGACUUUCACUGCGAAGUUGAGGCCAGCGACAACGUCACUUUGUUGUGGCUGUAUAACGGUCGCCCGCUUCCCCUUACCGGUGGUUCUGUCCGGCGGACAGUUGACGGGAGCCGGCUGACCCUCACAGACGUCACCACCAACGACAUGGGCAACUACGCCUGCAACGCGACCACAGCCACGGCCUCCGUCUACGACCAGGCUACGCUCACCGUCAUGCCUGCUGGGGGCUUCUCGAGGACACGGGGCGGGGCGUCCUGUGAGGGCCUGACGGAACUGCGAGCAGAAGUCGCACAGCUGAAAGACACCCUCCAGGCGAUAUACUCCGUGGUCAAGGAGCAGCAGGAGCUGGCACAGGGCACCCGGGACAUCUUGACCAAGGUGGCAGACAAGCUCCAGGUCCCCGUCACCAGGACAGACGGUGCCUCGGAGGGUGGUGAUAACGCGGCCACUACGGAGGAAGGAGAAGGGGAGGGAGUUGAACCACCACUUGAGGUGGAGGAUCAGACAGCCACUACACUCACCCCUUAGACUCGCGUGUCUACACUCCAUACUAAAAUAUCUUAGGUUAUUGUUGAUAGUUUGCGCAUGUUUUUAAAGUGUGUGUGUGCGUGUGUGCGUGUGUGGGUGUGUGUGUGUGUGUGUGUGUGUGUGUGUGUGUGUGUGUGUGUGUGUGUGUGUGUGUGUGUGUG